GGCAGGAGCAGAAGCCUGGGUGCACGCCUGUUCUCCUGCCUGCCUUCAUUUCCCAUCGUGCUGAGGCGGGUGGCAUGGCGGAGAAGGAUGACACCGGAGUUUGACGAAGAGGUGGUUUUUGAGAAUUCUCCACUUUACCAGUACUUACAGGAUUUGGGACACACAGACUUUGAAAUAUGUUCUUCUUUGUCACCAAAAACCGAAAAAUGUGCUACAACAGAGGGACAACAAAAGCCUCCUAUGAAAGUCCUACCAAAACAAGGCAUCCUGUUAAAAGUGGCUGAAACCAUCAAAAGUUGGAUUUUUUUUUCUCAGUGCAAUAAGAAAGAUGACUUACUUCACAAGUUGGAUACUGGAUUCCGACUCGACUCACUGCAUACCAUCCUACAACAGGAAGUCCUGUUACAAGAGGAUGUAGAACUCAUUGAGCUACUUGAUCCCAGUAUCCUGUCUGCAGGGCAACCUCAACAACAGGAAAAUGGACACCUUCCAACACUCUGCUCCCUGGCAACCCCUAAUAUUUGGGAUGUCUCAAUGCUAUUUGCCUUCAUUAGUUUGCUUAUUAUGCUUCCCACUUGGUGGAUUGUAUCUUCUUGGAUGGUAUGGGGAGUGGUUCUAUUUGUUUAUUUGAUCAUACGAGUGUUGAGAUUAUGGAGGACAGCCAAACUACAUAUGACCCUUAAAAAAUACAGUGUCCGUCUGGAAGAUAUGGCAGCAAAUAGCCGAGCAUUUACUAAUCUUGUGAGAAAAGCUUUACGUCUCAUCCAAGAAACCGAAGUCAUUUCCAGAGGAUUUACACUUUUGCUUGACAGGGUCAGUGCUGCUUGCUCAUUUAAUAAAGCUGGACAGCAUCCCAGUCAGCAUCUCAUCGGUCUUCGGAAAGCUGUUUACAGAACUGUAAGAGCCAACUUUCAAGCAGCAAGGCUAGCUACCCUAUAUAUGCUGAAAAACUACCCCCUGAACUCUGAGAGUGACAAUGUUACCAACUACAUCUGUGUGGUGCCUUUUAAGGAGCUGGGCCUUGGACUUAGUGAAGAGCAGAUUUCAGAAGAAGAAGCACAUAACCUUACAGAUGGCUUCAGCCUACCUGCAUUGAAGGUGUUGUUCCAACUCUGGGUGGCACAGAGUUCAGAGUUCUUCAGACGGUUAGCCCUGUUGCUUUCUUCAGCCAAUUCACCUCCAGGGCCCUUACUUUCUCCAGCACUCUUGCCUCAUCGUAUUCUCUCUGAUGUGAUUCAAGGUCUACCUCAUGCUCAUUCUGCCUGUUUGGAAGAGCUUAAACGCAGCUAUGAGUUCUAUCGGUACUUUGAAACUCAGCACCAGUCAGUACCCCAGCGUUUAUCCAAAACUCAGCAGAAGUCAAGAGAACUAAAUAAUGUUCACACAGCAGUGCGCAGCUUGCAGCUCCAUCUGAAAGCAUUACUGAAUGAGGUUAUAAUUCUUGAAGAUGAACUUGAAAAGCUUGUUUGUACUAAAGAAACACAAGAACUAGUGUCAGAGGCUUAUCAAAUCCUAGAACAGAAGUUAAAGUUGAUUGAGCCUCAUGUUCAAGCAAGCAACAAUUGCUGGGAAGAGGCCAUUUCUCAGGUGGACAAACUGCUUCGGAGAAAUACAGAUAAAAAAGGCAAGCCCGAAGUACCAUGUGAAAACCCGCACUGCACAGUAGUCCCUCUGAUGCAGCCUACUCGACACAUUGCAGACAAAGAUCCAAUCCCCGAGGAGCAGGAAUUAGAAGCUUAUGUAGAUGAUAUAGAUAUGGACAGUGAUUUCAGAAAGGAUGAUUUUUAUUACUUGUCACAAGAAGACAAAGAGAGACAGAAGCGUGAGCAGGAAGAAUCCAAAAGGGUACUGCAAGAAUUAAAAUCUGUGCUGGGAUUUAAAGCUUCAGAGGCAGAAAGGCAGAAAUGGAAGCAACUUCUAUUUAGCGAUCAUGGGGUAAAGUCCGAAUGGAAUUAGAGAGGGAAAUUCUACACUGGAACCUGCUGUGGCCAUUUUUUUCUGUUGUUGCUGCUUCUCUAGUGGAGUUACUGCAGAAUAGGGAUGUUUCUUGGAAAUGGACACAUUUUACAAAAAUAUUUUUUAAACACCCGCCAGAUCUUCAAGAAGCACUUUUUUCCUUCCGUCAUGCUUCAUAAUAUAUUGUAUUGUACUAACCCCUCAUGCUGGGAGGAGAGACUGCCUAGCAAGCAACCCACUGCCUACUAACAUCAAGAGGGGCCUAAAUAAAACUUCAUUUUCCUUGCAAGGACAACUUCUGCCGUAUGGAUAUGUGUUUAUGUAUUAUACUUUGUUCAGUAGUUAAUCUUGAAUGCAGAUUUUAUUUCAUUUGUAUUUUUCUGUGGCACUUCAAAAUAUGUAGAAGUCUGACUUUACUUCCAUUAGGGUCUUGUUAGGUGGUUGGCAAGUAAGUUGAAUUAUAUGUUAUAUUUUUUUCCAUGCUGUUUUAACUUGUAAAUAAAUAUAAAUAUGUUGAAGAUGGAAUUAUUAUCUAGGUCACUUUAGGCCUUUUAUCAAACACAUUUUCAGUGAAAAGUACUCUGCUUAUUCUUUAAUAACAGUGGUUCUCAAAUUUUAGUGUGCAUCAAAAUCAAGUGGAGGCCUUAUAAAAUAUAUCUGGUCCCCACUCCCACAGUUUCCAAUUUAGUAGACUGGGAUUAGGCCAAGAAUUUCUAUUUCUAACAGAUUCCUAGGUGAUGACUGAUCCUGUUGGUUCAGGGACCACACUUUGAGAACCAUUGUUUUUGAAUAAGAUAAUAGAUAACCUUAAAACUCUUCAUCAAAUCUCCAUCUCAUUCCAAUUCUUAGGCAUUUUAUUUCUUAUAAAGUUACCUAGACUUAUAAAUUUUUAUUGAUUUUACUAGAAAGUUUUAUUGAA